CUUUUGUGUAUGCGAUCCAAGAAUGAUGGUAACAAUGCAAAAGAUCACCGACAUUAACUCUGGUGGUGCUGGCGGUGCAGCGCCCAUUUUGCUAUUAGCCGCAAACUACCAUGACGUCCGAGAUCACCCCGCUAUUGAAUGGCCAUCCGCUCGAGUCACCGCCGUCCGUCAGGAGCUACGCACGCGUCCAUAAGCUUCCCGUUCCUUCGUUCGCAGUGGUCUGCGCCAUCUGCCUGUUGUUCGGCGUGAGCCUUUGGCGCGGAUUCAUCCCCAAUCCGCAACUUAGUAAGCACCAAGCCAAACCCAUCCGUGUCAUCACCUCUAAUGGUGCACAACACGAACAUUUCUGUGGAGACACGGAGCAAGACUCUGGCUACAUUAAACUAACCAACAAAGUGGACGACCACUAUUUCUUUUGGUACUUCGAGGCCCGUCGCAAUCCGGAGACUGCACCUCUAAUUCUAUGGCUAACUGGUGGUCCUGGAGGAUCGAGUAUGCUGGCGCUUCUAACGGAGAAUGGACCUUGUCACGUCGGCCCGGACUUGUCCACCGAAAUCAAUCCAUACUCGUGGACCAACGAAGCCAACGUGGUGUGGCUUGACCAGCCUACCAACGUAGGGUUUUCGUACGGACCGAACCCAAAGGAUGCUGAUGACAACGAAGACAAUGUCGCGGAGAAUAUCUACUGGUUCGUACAAGGCUUUCUUGAACGGCAUCCAGAACUACAGGGUCGAGAAUUCUUCAUCUCCGGCGAGAGUUACGGUGGCCAUUACGUGCCGGCUGCUGCGCAUUUUAUCUCCCAGCAGAAUCAACACAAACCAACGGGGGUGCUGGCUAUUAACUUACAAGGUAUUUCUAUUGGAAACGGUUGCACUAAUCCAGUGAUCCAGAAUCCACACUUCAUUGACAUGGCCACCAACGCGUAUAACAUUUCGUUUGUUGACCCAAGCGAGCUGCCAAAACUGAAGGCCGAGGCAGAAAUAUGUGGCCAAAUGAUGGAGGCGUGCCAGUCACAACCAUGGCUAUGCUGGGAUGCGGAAGGAUACUGCCAAGAUAACCUCGAGAGCGUCUUCAUGGCAGCUAAGAGAAAUCCUUACGACAUCCGUCAACCAUGCGCCACCAGCGAUACAGACGUCAUCCAGUGUAUCGCCAAGGACAUUGAGCUGAUCACUCCUUAUCUCAACUCGCCAAAUCUACGCGAGUUCCUUCACGUAGACGAGCGCGUCGGUGACUGGCAAAUGUGCAAUUUCGACGUCAACCAAGCGUUUGCCAAGUCAUUUGACGUCAUGAUGUCAACUAGUGCAUUUGUUGCUGAUCUGCUGGACAAUCAAGUUCGGGUGCUGAUCUAUGCAGGUGACGCAGAUCUCGAGUGCAAUUGGUCAGGGAAUCUGGCGUGGCUGCAAGCUCUGGAAUGGAAUGGAUCAGCAUCUUUCAAUGCCACGAAGGCGCACGACUUGGUCGUCGAUGACGAGCCUGUUGGCUCUGUGAUUUCAUUCGAUGAGCUUACGUUCGUUCGAGUGUUCAAUGCUGGGCACAUGGUUCCUCAAGACCAACCUGCCGUGGCGCUUGACAUGAUCAAUAACUUCUAUCAGAAUCAAGAACUUUAACUUGCGCAGAAUACUGUAGGCAAUCUUGCAAUUAACUUUUUCAUGGUGACGCUGUAAUUCGCCUCCGUCGAAGGAUUUGCCUGCAACUACUACUACUAGUACACGCACGCAC